UCGUGCUUGAUCUACCAUCUCUACAAGCAUGCUCGGCGGCAUCCUCGUUCUCGCGGCCGUGCUGCUGCCGCUGGCCGCGCCCCAGGCGACGCAGUGGCAGUCCACGACAUGCGCCAGCGGCGCCUACGCGGCCAACAGCACCUACCAGACCAACCUGGGCCUGCUCGCCGCGGCGCUACCGGCCAACGUCUCGGCCUCGCCGGCCGGCUUCGCCACGGCCACCACAGGCGUGGUGCCGGACCUCAUCUCCGCGCUGGCGCUCUGCCGUGGCGACACCAACGCGUCGUCCUGCCGCGCCUGCGUCGCGGCGGGCUUCCCCGGGGCGCAGCGCGGCUGCCCCAACAGCAAGGACGUCGCCAUCUACCAGGACGGCUGCGUCCUCCGCUUCUCCGACCAGCGCUUCCUGGACUUCGUAGGCGUGGAAUCCCCCGCCGGCACCUACUCCACGGACGUGGGGAACCUCACAGCCCCAGCGGCCUGGUUCAACGCCGCCGCCCUCGCGCUCCUGAACGCGACGGUCGACCAGGCCGUGGCCGCGACCGCGCGCGGCGACCCCGCCAAGAAGUACUUCGCCACGGGCGAGGGGAGCUUCGACGCGACCUACUACCCGAAGAUUUACGGACUGGCGCAGUGCGUGCCGGAAAUGACGGCCGCGCAGUGCCGGGGCUACCUCGCUGGCUUCAUCGGAGCCGCGCCGUGGUUCUUGUUCCAGAACGGGAAGUCUGGCGGCCGAGCUCUUGGGGUCUGGUGCAACCUGAGGUACAGCGUGAGCCCGUUCUACACGGGAGGCGCCAUGGUGAAGCUCUCGGCGCCCGCAGCCGUGCUUUCUGUUGCUACCGCAGAGACGCCAGCAGGGAGGAAAGGGAGAGUGGCAGGGAUCUCUACAGGCGCCGCUUGUUUCGCUGUCCUGAUGUUGAUUCUUGCAGUCUUUGCUUUUAUUCGCUCCAAGACAAGAAAGGCCAAGAAGCAUGACGACUCAUUUAACAAAAUGGCAAGAGGGAAGUGCACUAUCUACGAUUUUCCGACGCUGCAAGAGGCAACCGGAAACUUCUCAGAGAAGCACAAGCUUGGAGAAGGCGGUUUCGGAACUGUAUACAAGGGAAACCUCCCAGACGGGCAAGAAAUAGCAGUGAAGAAACUUAUAGAUGGUGCUGGUGCUGGACAUGGACUGGAUCAGAUACGGAAUGAAGUGCUGGUAUUGGCACAGCUCCAGCACAAGAACCUUGUUAGGUUGCUGGGGUUUUGCCUGCAUCAGAAGGAGAUGCUACUUGUCUACGAAUACAUCAGGAACGGGAGCCUCGACAACUUCCUUUUUGUAGAUGCAAGUCGAAGAAAUACACUAAACUGGGAUGAAGAGUACAACAUCAUUCUCGGAAUUGCCAAGGGCAUAAUGUAUCUUCACGAGGACUCGAGCGUAAGGAUCAUCCACCGAGACCUGAAAGCUAACAACAUUCUGAUUGAUGAUGCCAUGGAUCCGAAGAUUGCGGACUUCGGGUUAGCUAGGCUGCAAGUCGGAGGCCAUACUCAGACCAUGACAGCUAGAGUUGUUGGAACAUACGGGUAUAUGGCGCCGGAGUAUGCAAUACACGGAAACGUGUCGCCAAAGAUCGACAUUUUCAGCUUUGGUGUCUUGGUGCUUGAAAUUGUAACCAAGAGGAGGAACUGCGGCUCAGAUGAUUGCGAGACGGAUACGGUGAAUCUCCUGAGCGAUGUAUGGACUUGUUGGAGCAAAGGGACGAUAUCACAGAUGAUUGAUGAAUCACUCGAAGGACACCCCCGAAUCCAGGCGCUAAGAUAUAUCCACAUUGGGUUGCUGUGCGUCCAAGCUGACCCAGACGACAGGCCUGACAUCCCAUCCAUCAUUUUCAUGUUGAGCAGGGAGGACAUGGAGCUUCAGCCACCAGCACAGCCUGCAUUCUUCUUCGGAGAAGACUCAAACUCACCUUCUCCGCCGUGCCAGCAGGGCAUCUACGUGUACAACCGGUCUGAGGUGAUCUUUGAAAAUACUUCUGUGAAUGAGCUCACAAUUACUGACGCAUAUCCUAGAUAAUUUCUUUUAUAUAUUGUAUCUUAGAUAAGCGAAAGACAAACAAGAGUGGUUUGGAAUAUAAUCAGGCC